GCUCCGCAGCGACGGGAGCGCGCGGUGGAUCCUUCACUCGCACUGAGGAAGAAAAAAAGCGCCCGACGGACCGCAACAGCGACUGUCCGGGGGUAGAGAAAAAAUGUUCCUGCCACCAUUCUCCUUCCUCAGCGCUGUCCAGUUCGGCAAAAAAUAUGUGAAAGGAUCUACCACGCGUGCGGAUGCCACUUUUUUCCACAUUUAAACUUGUAAAAUCUAGAGGAUUGCAAAACUCCGUAUAAAAAUAACAGGAAUUGAAGUUAACUCUGAGAAGGUACAGAAAUGGCUCGAAGGCUCCUGCAGCUUCUUGCUUUGUGGACCACUUUGAUGGGCAUUGUGCAGAGCUGUCCGGAGCUCUGCAGCUGCCAGGAUAAAUUUGUCCACCAGUUUGCAGACUGUGCCUACAAAGAUCUGCUUAAGGUGCCCGUCGGCUUCCCCUUCAACGUUACCACCGUCAGCCUCUCAGCCAACAAGAUCACAUCGCUGGAAAGUAAAAGCUUUAUCAGCAUCACUCAGGUCACCUCUCUCUGGCUGGCACACAAUGAGAUCGUCAGCAUACAGACAAACACCUUGGCCCCCCUGAUUCAGCUACGCAAUCUGGACAUAAGCAACAAUAAGAUUGUGAACUUCCCCUGGGGGGAUUUGCGGAACCUCACAGCUCUGCAGCUACUGAAAAUGAACAACAACGAGAUGGUCAACCUUCCGAAAGACGCCUUCUCCACACUCAAAGACCUCAGAUCCCUGCGCAUCAACAAUAAUAGGUUCACUACCAUUGUGGAGGGUACCUUCAGUGCCCUCUCCUCUAUGUCCCACCUGCAGAUUUACAGCAACCCGUUCACUUGCUCCUGCAGUCUAGAAUGGCUGAGAGAUUGGAUUGAAACCACAAAGAUUUCUGUACCAGAGCCUAGUCAAAUCCUGUGUGAGGCCCCUGAACAUCUGAAAGGUGUGCAGGUUUCAAAGAUUCCUAAAUUGCAAUGUGAAACCCCGAAUGUCACCAUAACCUACCAACCAAACAUAGAGAACACUGUUCUUCAUGAAGGUGUUUCGGUCAUCUUAAACUGCGAGACAAAAGGAAGCCCCAUGCCUCAGGUCAGUUGGGAGGUGAUUGCUGGAAAUCAAAAUUACCUCUUUCCCCUGCCACCCACCACAGAAGUAAAUGAUGCGCCAAUAAAUGACAAAACAACCAACAAUAGAUUUCUCGUAUUCAGGAAUGGGACUCUUGCCAUCCCUCGCAUGACUCAAAAGGAGAAUGGUAAUUAUAGUUGCUCUGCUGUGAAUGAGUUAGGUAAAGCAGAGAGAAGUGUCAAACUGGCUCUGGCUCCCAGCCUGAAGCAAGGGAGCAAUUCAGUCCCUGAUUCAACUCUGGACAAGAGCCGUUUAUCUGAUAAAAAGCUUUCAGACCCCAAAGUAGCAAAGAACAAUGUGAUCAACUGGGGUAAGCAUGAGGAAAAGACAAAGGAACGCCCAGACGACGGUUCAAAGCACAAAACUGGCUUAGAGCAAGCUGGAGUUGUUUACAAGGACCCCAGCUUUGGGAGCAAAUGUGGCGUGAGAGAAGGCAGCGAAUACAUCUCCAAUCACGCCUUCAACAUGACCCUGGAUGACCUCAAGCAGUACACCUUCGAUUUUGGUGUCAUUGCGUUGGAAGUUUCGGAGACAGAGGCCAAAGUACAGCUAAACCCUCUGCAGCUCCCCAGCAGCAAGUCUAACCUCCAUCUGAGUCAGGCUGAGAACCAGGAAAUGGUUGUCAAGGAGCCCUUUGGUCAGCGGCAGUCUUCUUCCAGCAAGGACACACUGGACAUGCUCUACCUCUGUGUGAAAACAGGAAACGGACACUCCCUGGUGCAGUGGUCCAACAUAGAGGAGGGGGUAAAUGCAUAUCGUUUCCACGGCUUACAGCCCGGCACCAAUUACACUCUCUGCCUCACUUAUGGGGGGCAGGACUGCCAGGUCCAAGUAGUCUUCACAACAAGAAAAAAGAUCCCCUCCCUGUUAAUUAUUGUGGUUGUCAGCAUUUUCCUAUUGGGUCUGGCCACUGUUCCCUUGCUGGGAGCCACCUGCUGCCAUUUGCUGUAUAAGUAUCAAGGAAAGACCUACAAGCUGAUUAUGAAGGCACAGAAUCCGGAUCAGAUGGAGAAGCAAAUGACAAGAGAUUUUGAUCCUAGGGCGUCAUUUGUUGAGUCAGAGAAAACCUUCAAUCCGAGUGAGAUGGGAGAGGGAGAAGACGAGGAGGAGGCCGAGGGAGACAGAGAAGGAGAGGAAGGAGACGGCGAUAGGGAUGGUGAUGCUGAGGGGAGCGUGGUGACAGAAUCCAUCCCCGGAUCCUCAUCGAAAACCAACCCGGAGGAGUUCGAGGUCGGCUCCGAGUACAGCGACAGGUUACCGCUCGGAGCUGAGGCCGUCACAAUCUCGGAGGAAAUUAACGGAAACUACAAGCAGCCCAGCCGCUGAGCUCCUCGGACGCCUGCGAGUAUUGUGUAAAAUAGUUUACUUUAAAGUAGCCCACAUUCGAGCAGGUAACCCACGCCUCAUCGAAACACGUGAUUUUAAAAGAAAGCGGAUUUUAAUUAUUUAUUUUUUACCUCAGACUCCUUCAGUCACCGAGAUUGUGAAUUAAUUCGUGUUGCAUUUGUAGUCUGUCGUGUUUACAGAACAAGCACAGAUCUAGACAGUUUAUCGGACCUCACAAAAAGAAAGCAGCAAAAUGUUCUCUUUCUGCAGGACAAGCACAAGCGCAGGCGCAAAUUAGACAGAGGUGCGGCGAGUGCGUUAAUUAAAAGCCAAAUGAAACCUUAAUCGCCGUUUUGGGACCGCGAAAAACUCAACCAAGCAAAGUGCCAUAAUGUUUUUUUAAAGUAAUUUUAAUAAGCAGACGUCAGGGACGCUUCUCUUGUUAACCUGUCUGCGUCUUUGUGCUUUGCUUUAAGGCCGCCGUUUAACAUCCUCUCAGGUGUCACUGACUCAAUGAAAAAGUUUGAUUCAGUGUGAUGUGGCGUUUGAUAAGGUGAACAGGUAUUAGAGUCGGGAAGAGCGCACAACUGCGCCUUAUUCGCUGUCCUGUCCGUCCAAAAAGGGAGACUGCGCUUUCAGCUGUGUGUGCUUGAUGGUAAAAAAGAAAGAAAGAGAAAAAAUCCCAGGCUAUUUACUGAUAAAAUGUUGUUUCACGUAAUGUAUAAAAGGCUUUAGAAAUUAUUCAGAAGGUACUUGCGGUACCUAUAGCCUACUCUUUCUUUCUUUCUUUCUUUUUUUUUUUUUUUUUUUAAACUAAGAACGCGUCCAUGGCAUGUCGCAUAUUUUCCUUGUGUGGUUUUUGAUUAGUGUAGUCUGUAGGGCUUUAGAUGUUGCUGUCUAACUGUGAUGUAAAUCCCAGCAAAUUACAGUUAUUUCUUUAGUUUGUAUUUUUAACGGGUUUUACUUUAUUUUCAGUUACAGCGAAGCGGGAAGAAAAAAAAGGCACUAGGAGCGCCUUGCGGCUUCACUGUCCUGUAUUUUUGUUACAUAUGGUGAGUUCUUUGUGAACAAUGUUGUAAAACGAAAGCAUAAAAACGUGACCUUUUACGAUUUUUUGAUAGAAAUUUAUGUAAGUGGAAUUAAUAAAACCCAUAAAACUAAACGGA